AUGGCAUCCGGAGAUCUAUCGCUGACUAGCACGAGUAGCCAGGAGGAAGAGAGCUCGGAGUAUGUGGGGUAUGAUAAUACCCUCCGACCACCUUCCAACUCCAGCGGGAGCACCACAGCUGCCAACAUGUCCAACAACAAUGGGCCCUCAAAGGGCGUCAAUAGCGGAGCGCAGUACAAGUCCGCACUUCUGGAGCUAACUACCCUGCGCCAUCAGCAUGCGAGCACCAAGCGGCGAUGCGAUGAGUUAGCCACCGAACUAACUUUAUACCAGGAACACUACGUGGCCGAUCGCAACAAGUUCACUGAUAUGGUGGAGGAGAGCGCCCGAUUCAAACGUUUGCUGCUGGAAACCCAAAACCAACAGAGCCAGCAGGCCCAAAAUGGAAACAGCCAAGUGACGCCAGUCGGCAGUGGUAAUCCCUAUUACUUUGGCAAGACGCAGGGAUGCGAUGGAAGCUGCAGUGAGAAGCUGGCCGAACUGAAGAAGGAGCGAAAUAUGGUCGCCGUGGAGAGGGAGAAGUACAAGAAGUCCUACAUCGAGCUAGAAAAGGAUCGCAAUUACUACCGGGAGCGAGGCGAUGAAAACCAGAAACUGAAGGUUCUGCUUUCCCAGGAGAGUAAGAAUGUGCUUUCCCUUACCGAGGAACUUAAUCAACUGCUCUCGGAGAAGGACAAUGUGCUGCAGGAGCACCAGAAGAUGUCUGACGAUCUGGUGCUGGCCAACAAGGAAAUUGAACGGCUGAAAAAAGACGAACAGCUUGCCAGGGCCGAAAUCAAAGUUUUACAACUGGCCAACGCGGAUCUUAAAAGCGCGAUCUUCUGA